AAACAAAUGGAACGAAGUAAAAAAAAGGAGGCGGUGGCGAUAACGACGGCAACAUCUAUUUAGCUUUCCUGAGAGUGUCCGUCUCGGCAGGACAGCUAUGCCCAAAGUUAGAAUUAUGAGACAAGUGACGAGUGCGUGAAGACGGGAAUACUCCGACGAGAAGGAGAAGUUGAGGACGGUAGCAGGGCUGCAGUCUGGGACAAUCUCUGAAAACGAGAAAAAAGGCAGGAAUGUAGUAAGGCGCAUGCGCGAGUCUCGCACUGAAACGAGGACGCUUCGCUGACAGGCAGCAGGGAAUCCCGGGCAGUGAAGAGACCAGUGGGCGUACGAAAGUCUGACCUUGUACCACAGCACUUUAGCCAGAAAGCUGCUACCUUUCCACUUUGAUAAGUCUGGAAUAUAAGAUGGGUAAUGGCCUCCAAGCCUGGACUCUGAAUGUGGAAGGACAUCCUGCAGAUCAAGGCACAGACACUGGGAAACUGAAGGGAACCUGCUGAACGUGUUCUCACCCGGACGAGAAGUUAUGGAGGAGACACUGUCCCGCAUCAAAAAAGAGGACUGUGAGUGGGAGCCUAGCCACCUUCAUUUGCACAGUCCCCAUGUGAAACUGGAAGAAUGUGAAAGGAAUAUUUCUGUAGUCAAAGAGGAAGCAGUGGAGGCCUUCAUUGACAUUAAAGUAGAGGAUUUGGGACAUGGCCCCAAUGGCCGUGAAGUGCAGAAACGCGAAAUGUUGAACAUUUUUAAGGAAGAUUCAUCUGUAGAGAGUGGCUCCAGUUUACAGCCAUGUCCAGCAUUGCAAAAGGAGAUGACUUGUGUAGAAUCCAAUAUUGAGAAUCGCUUUCCUGGAAUAUGCAGAGAAAAGAAGGAGAGCUCACCCCAGUCUUUAGUCACCAAGACGUCUUUUCACCGCCAACCUCAUCUUGAACAAUGUGAUAAAACUGAGAAGAAAUCGACUUCUGGAUCAGGCAGUUCACCAAAGGCCUCUUUGCCUGUUGUAAAACUAGAAAGACUGGAUGCCAGUAGCAGUCAAAUAUAUGUGUAUAAUGCAAACUCUAUGGAUUUUUAUGUCUGCCGAGAGUGUGGAAUAAGUUUCAAAAGUAAAUCUGAUUGUGAGGAUCAUCAGUGGAUUCAUAUGAAACAGAAACCUCAUUCCUGUUCUGAAUGUGGUAAGCAAUUUUCACAGAGAAAUUAUCUCAGGAGGCAUAAGAGAAUCCAUGCUGGAGUGAAACCUCAUUGCUGCCCUGAAUGUGGUAAACAGUUCUCAGAUUUAAGUGGCCUUCGGAAACAUGCACGAGUUCAUACUGGUGAGAAGCCGUAUUCUUGUACUGAAUGUGGGAAGCUAUUCUCUGACAGUAGCAGUCUUCAGAAACAUACAAGAAUUCAUACUGGGGAGAAACCAUAUUUCUGUACUGACUGUGGCAAACGAUUCUCACGUAUUGGCAGUUUUCGGAUACACAGAAGGAUUCACACUGGAGAGAAACCUCAUUGCUGUUCUGAAUGUGGCAAACAAUUCACGUCUGUAAGUGGCCUUCAAAAACACAUGAGAAUUCACACUGGAGAGAAACCCUAUCGAUGUAAGGAAUGUGACAAACGAUUCGCACAAAUAAGUCAUCUUCAGAACCACACACGAAUUCAUACUGGAGAGAAAGUCCAUUGUUGUUCUGAAUGUGGUAAGCUUUUCUCACAAAUAAGCAGUCUUCAGAGCCACAAAAGAAUACACACAGGAGAAAAGCCAUAUUGUUGCUCUGAAUGUGGUAAACGAUUUUCACACAGCACCAAUCUUCAGAAACACACUAGAAUACACACUGGUGAGAAGCCAUAUUGCUGCUCCGAAUGUGGCAAGCUAUUCUCGUACAGCAACAAUCUUCAGAAACACAUAAGAAUUCACUUUGGAGAGAAACCUCAUUGCUGCUCUGAAUGCGGCAAGCGAUUUUCACAACUGAACAGUCUGCAGAGCCACAUAAGAAUUCACACUGGAGAAAAACCACAUUGCUGCUCCGAAUGUGGAAAGCGAUUUUCACAAAUGAGCAAUCUUAAGAGGCAUACAAGAAUUCACACAGGAGAGAAACCUCACUGCUGCUCUGAAUGUGGCAAAGGAUUUUCACAAAUAAGCAGCCUAAACAAUCACACGAGAAUUCACACUGGAGAAAGACCUUAUUGUUGUUCUGAAUGCGGCAAGCAGUUCUCUCAGAUAAACCAUCUUCAGAGCCACACACGAGUUCACACAGGAGAGAAGCCACAUUCCUGCUCUGAAUGUGGAAAAAGAUUUUCCCAGGUAUGUAGUCUUCACAAACAUGCCAAAGUUCACACUGGAGAAAAACCUCAUUGCUGUUCUCAAUGUGGGAAACGCUUCUCACAAAUAUGCAGUCUUCAGAAACAUGCAAAAAUUCAUACUUCUGAUUAAACCUGAUUGCUUCUCUGAAUUUAUCAAACAGUGAUUUAACGAAAGUAGCGCAAAGACACCUGGAAAUCCAUGCCUGAGAAGAAAGUUUAAGGAAAGUUGAGGCCUGUCUGGGAGUUCUGGGGAUAUUCGGGAUAUUACUCUAUACAGAAAGUGGUCCUAUGUGGGGAGCACUUGAAACAAAUGUAUGAAAAUAUGAAAAAAAAAUAAAAUUAAAAGUGGUAACAUGACCUACAAGUGUAAUUCACACUUGACAUCACCACAUGUAAAAAUGCUAAAUAGAGAUAUUAACCCCUAGAGAAACUGCUUUACUGUUUUGGGAAUAUUCCACAUUCAGAUAUAUGUGGUAGGACAGUUAUGGGAAACAAAUUAGAAAAAUAUGAUUAGAAAAAACUCACAGUUGACUUUAGAUAUGUAAUGGCAGAUGACAAAAAAUAUGAACAUCACAAAUUUGUAAAGGCUUUAGGCCACCAUCUUUGAGUUCAAAGCCAUACAGGACACAAUAUCACAGCCUCACACUUAAACCACUGACCUUACUGCCAGUGCUGUGUGUGAGGGAUGACGACUAGAGAGGCGAUCGGAGGAUUAAAUAUCGCCUAAUUGGCAAAAAAAAAAAAAAACAGUUACUGGGUUGAGAGCAGUAGUAAAGAUCUCUUCAGAUUUGAAAUGAUUUGGUUCAUUUCCAUCUGCGUUUUUUUCCCCUUCAUUUAUCACUGUUACAACAUCAGUAGUCUCGCGUGAUUCUCUAUUGUACAGAAGUGUUUUGCUUUUUUCUCAUUACUGUGUCAAAUGUUAUGCUGAGCAAUAAAGCAUGUGGUCACUGAAGUUCAUGGAAAUAAAUAACUUCCACAAGUAUGACCAUUUUGCUAUCCUUUUCAUUUCUUUUAAUGUGUAAGAACCUUUGAAAGAACACUGAUGUUUUACACCCGUGGUUUUCAUUCAUUAUGGAAACACCCAAGACUGAACAGACAACUCUCCACCAGCAGACCAUUUCCAGGAAAGGUAAUUUCUUGUUUCACAGUGUCACAAACUGUCUACUAAAGCAGAUGGCCUGAGAGAAGUUCGGGAUCAUCCAGGACUAAGGGGGUAAUAAGGAAGGCAGAUGUACAAAAAACAAUGUAUUUUUAUUUACUCCACAAUAGUAAAAAUAACAGUUGCUGAUGUAAAUAUUUGCACAAAAAGUACAAUCCUGAGUCAAAACAACUCUAAUUGUAAAAAUGCAAAGAAGAAAAAUAGAAUGUGUAACACAACAUAGAGGCUCUUACCCUGCUGUAUACUCAGUCACGUUCAGUUCAGGUAACGGUAUCAAGCACAAACUGGACUCUGUUUCAAUCCUUACCACAAAUACAACUCCUCAAUCAAACAAAACGAAAUAUCAGGAGCUGUUUUUGCUUCUCAGGAGUCUCAAGCCGCUCCUUAACAUAAACCAACUGCUCAGCCACCAGGCACCUCUUAGCCUGGCGGACCUCACACACAUUGACUCUUUGGCUCAGAUCUCUCCUAUCAAUCAGGUGGUGGAGAAGCUGAGGGUAUGGAAGGCUGCAGGGAUCUGUGGUACCUGGGGUGAACUUCUCUGGGCUGGUGGUAAGGCUGUCCUCCUGGCAUUCCAAGUUGUCGUUAAAAAAAAACAAAAAAAACACAAACCCUCCCUUCUUGAAGCCACAACUGCACAGACGUCUCAAUUCCCCUGGUCAUCCUUGCCUAAACACAGGGAGAAACCAUUUCGGUCCUGCAGGGAGAAUCACAUACCUCGAACAAAACUAAAAAUUUAUCAACAGCAAAAUAAACAUAUUUAAACACAAAAUAAUAAAAAAAAUUAUACCUAACCUUAAGGUUAAUAACACAAAAUGGAAAACACUACACAGCACACUAAACUAAAAUGGACUCCCCUCUAGCUGUAGAGAGAUACCAUUUCAGUCCUGCUGGGGGAAUCACACACCUCGAAAAAAAUCCAAAUUUCCAGCAGCAAAAUUAACAUUUAAAAACUAAAUAAUAAAAAAAAAAAAAUUAUAACUAGCCUUAAGGUAACUAGCACAAAAUGGAAAACACUACUGUGCUCACUAAACUAAAAUGGACUCCCCUCUAGCUGUAGGGAGAUACCAUUUCAGUCCUACUGGGGGAAUUGCACACCUCAAACAAAAAUCUAAAUUUCCAAGAGCAAAAUAAACAUUUUAAAACUAAAUAGCAAAAAAAAAAUAAAAACAAACAAAAGAAACCCAUUAUACCUAGCCUCAAGGUUACUAAGACAAAAAGGAAAAUGCUACAGUGCACACUAAAAUAAAAUGGACUCCCGUGUAGCUACAUUUGAUACCAUUUUGGACCUAGAGGAGGAAUCACACACCUCGAAAAGAUCCAAAUUUCCAACAGCAAAAUAAACAUUUAAACACUAAAUAAUAAAAAAAUAUAUAAAACUAGCCUUAAGGUUACUAACACAAAAUGGAAAACGCUACGGUGCACACUAAACUGGACUCCUUUGUAGCUGUAGGAAGAUACCAUUUCAGUCCUGCUGGGGGAAUCACACACCUCGAAUAAAAAACAAAAUUUCCAACAGCAAAAUAAACAUUUUAAAACUAAGUAACAUAAAAAAAUAAAAACAAAAGAAACCCAUUAUACCUAGCCUCAACGUUACUAAGACAAAAACGAAAACGCUACGGUGCACACUAAAAUAAAAUGAACUCCCCUGUAGCUGCAUUUGAUACCAUUUCAGUCCUGCAUGGAGAAUCACAAACUUCGAACAAAAAUCCAAAUUUCUGACAGCAAAAUAAACAUAUUUAAACACUAAAUAAUAAUAAUAAAAAAAAAUUAUGCCUAGCCUUAAGGUUACUAACACAAAAUGGAAAACACUACGGUGCACACUAAACUAAAAUGGACUCCCCUGUAACUGUAGGGAGAUACCAUUUUGGACCUGCAGGGGGAAUCACAUACCUCGAAAAAAAUCCAAAUUUCCAGCAGCAAAAUAAACAUUUAAAAACUAAAUAAUAAUAAAAAAAAAUGAUAACUAGCCUUAAGGUAACUAACACAAAAUGGAAAACACUUCGGUGCUCACUAAACUAAAAUGGACUCCCCUCUAGUUGUAGGGAGAUACCAUUUCAGUCCUACUGGGGGAAUCCCACACCUCGAACAAAAAUCUAAAUUUCCAAGAGCAAAAUAAACAUUUUAAAACUAAAUAGCAAA